UCAAGAAAAUACAUGUGGUCCCCAAUAUGUUCCACCGGGAGGUGUUUUGGGGGCAGCUAACUAAGAGGGGGCUUCCAGACAGAUGGAGGAGUUGAUACACAUGAGGUCACAGAGCUACUGCCUCUCCCCCUUCAAAAGAAACUAUUCAGCUCCAUUUGUCACAGAAGCUAGAGGAAGUUGACAAAGCGUCACAGCAGCACAGCACAAUAUGUGGUGGAGUGUUUUCAGCUUGCUGGCCUGGUUCCAUUUACAAGAGGCCUCUCUGGCUAACCACACAGAAACCAUCACCGUGGAGGAAGGCCAGACACUCACGCUGAAGUGUGUCACUUAUCUGAAGAAGACCUCCUCCCUGCAGUGGCUGACCCCCACAGGCUUCACCAUUUUUUUAAAUGAGUAUCCUGCUUUUAAAAAUUCCAAGUACCAGCUUCUUCAUUACUCGGCCAAUCAGCUCUCCAUCAGCGUGCCUAAUGUGACCCUGCAAGAUGAAGGCGUGUACAAGUGUUUGCAUUACAGCGACUCCGUGAGCACUAAGGAAGUGAAAGUGAUUGUGCUGGCAACUCCUGUCAAGCCAAUCCUGGAAGUUUCAGUUAUCAGAAAGGAAAAUGGAGAAGAACAUGCUGUACUCAUGUGCUCCGCCUUGAGAAGCAAGCCCCCUCCGCAGAUAACCUGGCUACUUGGGAAUGGCAUGGAGGUCUCCAGUGGAACCCACCAUGAAUUUGAAACUGAUGGGAAGAAAUGUAAUUCUACCAGCACUCUCAUGGUUCACACAUAUGGCAAAAAUUCAACGGUGGAUUGCAUUAUCCGACACGGAGGUCUGCAAGGGGGAAAACUAGCAGCACGCUUCCGGUUUGAAGAUUUGGUUGCUGAUGAAGAGACAGCUUCAGAUGCUCUGGAGAGAAGCUCUCUAUCCUCUCAAGAUCCACAGCAGCCCACUAGUACUGUCUCAGGAAUGGAAGAUUCUAGUACAUCAGAGAUUGACAAGGAAGACAAAGAACAAGCUGCUCAAGAUCCUGAUUUGGCCACCGAAGCAAAUCCUCAGUAUGUAGGAUUGGCAAGGAAGAAAAGUGGCAUCUUGCUGCUCACACUGGUGUCCUUCCUCAUUUUCAUACUCUUCAUCAUAGUCCAGCUCUUCAUCAUGAAGCUCCGGAAAGCCCAUGUCAUAUGGAAAAAAGAAAACGAAGUUUCAGAACACACACUAGAAAGUUACAGAUCAAGGUCAAAUAAUGAAGAAACAUCAUCUCAAGAGAAAAAUGGCCAAUCUUCCCAUCCUAUGCGUUGCAUGAACUACAUCACAAAGCUGUACUCAGAAGCAAAAACAAAGAGGAAGGAAAAUGUACAGCAUUCAAAAUUAAAAGAAAAGCUCACCCAAAUACCAGAGAGUAUUGUGUAGUGCUCUCUGUAAUAGAACAUGUGACUUCAGGGUUCCUGCAGUGUCACCUCAGUGGACCAGCCUGGAAGAAGGAGCUUAAUUGCUGAGACAUUAACAAUGACCUCGCAGUGCAAUGCAAAAUGGUGUCCUUGAAUAAUGAUCUGCCCCGGAGCUAGGGCAGCAACAUGAGGACCAAACCAUGCACAUAAAACUCGUAGAGAAAAAAAAAUAAUUAUGCCUGACACUACUUGAGAGCAGGAGGAUUCUACGAAGCCUUGGGGAUCAGGGUCAAUGUGACCAGUUAACAUCUUACCUCAAAGGGAACAGAAUGUUUUAGAUGCUUUGCUCUAAUGGAACUGCUUUAAAUCUUUUUUUUUUUUUUUUUUUUAAUAUUUCCUUCUGGUCACAAAAUAAAUAAAUUUGGAAUGCAAUGUACCUAAAGAUCUCUGAUCCUAAGGAGUUACUUCUGGCCAGGUGCGGUGGCUCACGCCUGUAAUCCCAGCACUUUGGGAAGCCGAGGUAGGCGGAUCACUUGAGGUCAGGAGUUCAAGACCAGCCUGACCAACAUGGUGAAACACUGUUUCUACUAAAAAUAUAAAAAUUAGCCAGGCAUAGUGGUGUACACCUAUAGGCUGAGCUACUCUGGAGGCUGAGGCAGGAGAAUUGUUUGAACCUGGGAGGUGGAGAUUGCAGUGAGUCAAGAUCACACCACUGCACUCCAGCCUGAUUGACAGAGCGAGACUCUAAAAAAAAAAAAGCUACUUCCAAGACAGACUUUUAAGAUGCAACCAGCACAAAGCAAUGUCAGGAAGGAGCGAUAUAUACCAAUAAAUGGGUCAGGUGGGCAUGAAGGCCCCAGGACCCAUGCCCCAAGGCACAAAGAGGAGCUCAAGGUAGGCCCAAGAUUUGAAUUUCUUAGAUUAUGAAAUCACAUGAGCUGACUUUGUCUGUCAGACAAGAUUUUUACCUGGACAUUCCAUGACAAAUACAUGUGCAAAAGAAAACGAUGAGUUUAAUUUACUGAUUAUUGACCUAAUGGAUGGCUUUAAAAAAAUUCUUUAAUAAAAAGCAGAAUAUAUAUUUGUUUUUCUAGUGGUUAUACCAAGUUAUACUUCCUGUUUUCACAUGUGAAAGUAAUAUGGGACAUGCCUUUCUUUUUUGAUCACUUUAUUUAAGGUAUACAGCAAACUCUGGCAUUUAUGUGGAACAUUUCUCAUUGUUGGAAUCUGAAUAAACCAAUUACAAAAUAA